AUGACUGAAAAAGAACCGUUGAAGAAUAAAGUGGAAGAAGACAAUCAGGACGGUGAUAAAGGCCUUGCCAAAUCAAUCAGCUUGUUCAGCGGAAUUAAUGUGAUCGUCGGAUGCAUUAUUGGAUCCGGAAUUUUCGUAUCUCCAACCGGAGUUCAAGAACAAGCUGGAUCUGUUGGCUUGUCUCUUAUCGUAUGGCUUACAUCAGGAUUGUUCACAGCAAUCGGAGCCUAUUGUUACGCCGAGUUGGGCACCUUAAUUAACAAGUCGGGUGGAGAUUAUGCUUACAUCAUGGAAGCUUUCGGUCCAUUCGUCGCUUUCAUCCGCCUUUGGGUCGAAGCAAUCGUGGUCCGUCCAUGUACGAUUACAAUUGUCGCUCUUACCUUCGCGAUCUAUUCGCUUCGCCCAUUUUUCCCCCACUGCGAUCCGCCAAGUGGUCUCGCUGAACUUCUUGCCAUCCUUUUGAUUGUUAUUAUUACCGCGAUCAAUUGCGCCUCAAUCAAAGCGACAGUAUUUGUGCAAAAUUGGUUCACCACUGCCAAGGUGGUCGCAUUGGUGCUUAUCAUUUUCACCGGAUUUUAUCUCCUCGUUUUUGGCUCGCCACAAUACAAAGAAUCAUUUGAAAAUUUGUUUGAGAAUUCGUCGAAAGAUUUGACAAAAGUCUCGCUUGCCUUCUAUUCGGGUCUCUUCGCCUAUUCGGGAUGGAAUUUUUUGAAUUUCAUCGUAUCGGAAUUGAAGAACCCGAAAAGAGACUUGCCGAUUGCGAUCGCUGUAUCAAUCACCGCGUGCACUGUGAUCUACUUCCUCACUAAUGUCGCCCUCUAUACGGCCAUCUCUCCCGAUGAAAUGCUCGAAAGUCCCGCCGUCGCUGUGCUGUUCGCUGAGAAAUUAUACGGACGAUUCGCAUUCGUGAUGCCCGUUUGUGUCGCAAUUUCAACAAUUGGCUCGGCAAACGGCGUCAUUUUUACAUCAUCAAGAUUGUUCUAUUCUGGUGCUCUUGAAGGCCAAAUGCCGCAAGUUUUGACAAUGACAAAUAAACAAACGCAAACCCCGAUUCCAGCCGUAAUUCUCACGGGUCUUUUGUCGAUCGCAUACCUCGUGAUGUCAAAAGAUGUGUAUCAGCUCAUUAAUUACAUUCAGAUUAGCUAUUGGCUUGCCAUUGGUACCGCCAUCGCCGCGUUGUUCCACCUCCGCAAAACGAUGCCCGAUGCGCCGCGACCAAUCAAAGUGCCCCUCAUUUGGCCGAUCAUCUUUCUGGCGGGCUGCAUCGCGCUUGUGAUCAUCCCAAUCAUCGCGAAUCCCCAUGACACUGGUAUUGGACUUCUCAUUAUGCUCUCCGCUGUUCCGAUUUAUGCUAUUUUCAUCGGAUGGAAAAAUAAGCCGAAGGCUUUCAACAGCGCCAUUGAUGCAUUCACCGUGUUCACACAAAAAUUAUUCAUGGUCGGCGAUUAUUCGAAAAAUCAAUAA